AUGGCCUCCGAAGGACAAGACCGGUCAGCUCUCAUUGACGAGUCGCCCAUUGCGCCCGUCCGACCCACAGCGUCCCACGUCCGUCAGAACUCGCUCGAGAAACAUCUCCAGCACCGUCCUGACCCACAAGAUUUGAAGAAGCGGCAUAUUUUGCUGGAUACCAAUGCUGCGCCAGCAUUGCAAUGCCGUGCACAUGAAUUGGAACGCCAGCGUGCGAGUGACAGUCUGAAGAAGGGAUUAGAGAACAGAGCGGAGAGGGAUAAAUUGGUUGAGCGCAACAUUCUCCCAUCCUCCACCGCUGCCCCGGCCCUCAUUGGCCACCAGCGCGAGCUGGGGAAGCACAUGCUGGCCGAUACUUUGAACGACAAGAUCUCGCAUCGGCCGAGUCCGGAGGACUUGGUUAAGGGGGGUAUUCUGCAGGAGGACCCUACGAGCCCUGUUAGGAGCAAGGGCGAGGCCGAUAGGCUUUAUGAGGAGAGGAUAGAGGAGGAGUACGCAAAGAGGGAAGGAGGUGCCUAG